AUGAGUGCGAAAAACUUUAGAUUAAUACACAAUAAAACUUUACCAUCAUUCUAAUACUAAAAUGAGCCUUUGUAAGUGAAUGACAAAUAUCAAGUUUAUAUGACUGUUCAGCCUAAUGCUGUGGAAUAAUUGAUCGUAAAAGAUUAAGCAAAACCUAAAACCUCUAUUUUAGAUAAAUUUAUUGAUACAGACAAAAACAGAAGCAGAACAUCCCAUAAUCCAGGAUUACUUCAAUAAAACUCUUUGAAAAAUGAAAAGCCUAAUUAAACUGUCUAAUUUGCUGAUGAUGUUUAGGCUCAUCAACAACAUAUUUAGAAUUAGAAUUAAAACAACAUCAAUCAUUAUAAUAAGAAAACUGUUACAUUAAAAAAUCUCCAAUAAACAUUACUAUUUGAUGAGAGAACGAAUUCAGUGCCUAAAGCUGCUAUAUAAAAUCACAUAAUUGAUGAUAUAGUAAAGAACGGAGAUAUUAUUCUAAAGCAAAAGGGAUUAUUGAAUUAAGUUUAAAACUUAAAAAGAUUAAAGUUGCUUAAAUAGUAUGAGUUUAAUCAGUAAGAAUCAUAAUCAUUUUAGCUAUUGCUUGCCUGGUAUUGGAAAAUCCCCUUAUGUCUUUAAUGAUGCACAUUCAAAAAGCACUAAUCCAGGUUACUCUAGAAACAAAGAAGGAGGAAAGUUUUUCACAAGAUGA